UUGAAUUGUAAAUUUUUUAUUCUUGAAAUAGCCUGUAUAUACAAUGUGUAUAUUACACACAACUGAAAAGUUGAAUAAAAUUUCAAUUAACUUAUCGUAAUUGCUUUUAUGGCUAACUAACUAUGGUUAUCCCAAUUAUUCCAAUACAUACAAGAAUAAAAAAGCUAAACACAAUUUAAUUUAUCAAAGUAUAAUAAUUGAAUUCAUUGUUUAAAGUGCUUCGAGAGAUAUCACUGCCAUCGUUGAUAUUACAGAAGCCAAGAAGCGUCGGUUUGAAUGUCCCGCCCUCAAAACGAUUACUCGUUCUAAAACGAAUCUUGUAGAGAAAUGAAAAUGGUUGACUGCGGCCAGUAAAAACUCGUUGAUUAUCCCGUUAUCGAAUGCCUCGAUAAAAGUCUGAAGGCUAGUAAAAUACCGUGAACUUGUGAAAGAUAAAAUCAACUGGAAAAAAUUAUGCGAGGCGUGGAUAUUAUUUACUCGGUUUUUCAAAUGUGUUCAAUAGCUGACGGUGAACAAGGAUGCACAAUGCCGUGAUUAAAAUUUCUGAGGUUUUGACACGUUUACAAACUCAAAAAACGUAGCGCUGAAUCCUGAAAAGUUCUUUGAGAGUGGAAACUCAUUGGUAUUACGCAAGGAUAGACCGGUUCAGGACAUAGUAGCCGUUCACAGAGGGUGUGAGAUCUUUGUACAAACAUUAUGACGAAUUGUCGUCUUUGGAGCGAUACGAGGAAUCUCUUCUUUUUCUGUCAAGUCUGUGUAUUUUUAGUGUCGCAUGAUCGUGUUAAAAAUGCAUACCUGUGAACAGUAAAGUAAACAAGUGACAAACAUUCGUAGGAGCCACCUACUAGAUCGAACUAUUAUUUUAUUUACAUAAUAAGCGUUAGAUGAACGCUUAUUAAUCAUGAAGAAACAGUUCUUCAGAGUUAAACAGCUCGCCGAUCAAACGUUUUCUAGAGCUGGUAAAACAGAAGUCCUCACAGAUGAUUUACAAGCUGCAGACAAACAUGUCGAGCAAAUUAGGAUGGCUCUCAUUGGAUUAAGCAAGAGACUUGCUAAUCCUCUAAAUCAAGCUGUGACACAGGAUGUUGCAUUUAAAGACAAACGGCGGAAAAAAUGUCCAGAAUAUAUAUUAGGGCAAACAAUGUUAGAAAAUGCUCCUGAAGAUGGUCUCGUGGGUUUUACCCUUAUGGAAUGUGGUCAUGCACAAAUACAUUUAGCAGAUGAAAUAAUUGAACAUGAAGCAAAAGUUGAACAAUAUGUAGCAAGUCCUCUUCAACAUAUUUUAGAUACAGAUGUACCAAAUAUAUUAAAGCACAAAAGGAAUUUAGCUCGGUUAAUCUUGGAUAUGGAUAGCGUGAGGACACGAUACCAACAAGCCAGCAAACAUAGUGCCAGUACAGGCGCAGCAAAAAUAGAUAGCUUAAGAGAAGAAUUAGAAGAGACUGAAUCUAAAGUUGAACAAUGUAGAGAUCAGUUAGCUGCAGAAAUGUUUCAACUUAUGUCGAGAGAAACGGAGUUGGCUCACAUUAUUAUCCAAUAUGUAAAACUUCAAAGAGCUUACCAUGAAAGUGCACUACAUUGUCUUGAAGAACUUAUUCCUAGACUUGAAUGUUACAUAAAUGAUAAUGAAAUGAAACCAGUCUAUGGUCAUCCACUUGAAGAGCAUCUCAGAGUAACUAAUAGAAAAAUAGCAUUACCUAUUCAAUUAUGUGUAUCUGCUUUAUUACGAUUAGGUAUGGAGGAAGAAGGUCUUUUUAGAAUAGCUGGUGCUGCAUCAAAAUCACGACGAAUUAAAUUAAGUCUUGAUGCUUGUUGCCUUACAUUGCCAACCGCUCUGGAAUAUAAGGAUCCACACGUAAUUGCUGGUGCAUUGAAAUCUUAUUUACGAGAACUUCCCGAGCCUCUUCUAACAUACAAAUUGUAUUCUGAAUGGAUGACAGCUGCAAAGAUAACACAAAAUGAAGCAAGAUUGAGAGCUCUUUGGGAAGUGUUACAUAAAUUGCCUCCUGCAAAUUUAGAAAAUUUACGGUUCCUAAUCAAAUUUUUAGCUGUACUCACAAAAAAUCAAGAUAUAAAUAAAAUGUCACCGCAAAAUAUUGCAAUUGUUAUUGCGCCUAAUUUAAUAUGGAGUCCGCAGGAGGAUAUAAACACAAUGGUAAUGAAUAUGAGCACAGCUAACAAUUCUAGUCUUAUAGUAGAUCAGUUGAUUACAUACGCAAAUUGGUUUUUUCCUGGUGAAAUAGAUUUUGAUCGUGAUUUAGAAGUCGGUAUUAUAAACGGUUUAGAAAAUCAAACUGCAGGUAUGCGCCGUUGCAUUUCUAAUAGCAGUCUUAGUGACCACGGUGAGAGUCCUCCACAGGGUAGUCCUAAACCUGCAGCUCGUAGAAAAAAUAAACCAGCUCCAACACCACCAAAUAGUACUACACCAGACAAACAUGAUAGAAAACCUGAUGAUAAGCCACCACCGACUCCUGACAAACCACCCAGGCCUUUGACAUCUGCAACCCUUAAUCGUGUAACGUAUAAAGCUCAAAAACAUGACGUGAAUACCGAAUUACCAGUUAAACACGAAAAUAAUAUCGAAAAGCAAGACGGAAAUACGGAGAUCGAAAUCAAACAACAAAACUGUGAAAUAAAUAUAAUUACGGAUUCUCCAUCUAUUAGCUGCUCAGAACGUAUUAAUGAAGUACAAGAUGAAGUACAUCAUACGGACACAGAACUAGAAAAGAGUAAUCAAGAACCGCAAAAACAUGAACAAAAAUUAAAUACUUCUGUUACUGUUGAAAAAACCACUGUAGAAAAUGCACUAUGCAACAAAUUGAUUACAGAGACUGAAAAUUCUGAAGCUUCUGUACACAGACCAAAACCAAUACCUACGGAAAAACCACAUCCUUCUACAUUAGAACGACGAAGACCGGUGGCUGCUCCAAGAAGUAUAACCAAUGUGCUGCAUAACACUGAUGAAACAGUUGAGUUACGUAGAAAGGCAGAUGGGAGUAAUUCUACAACUAUAAGCACACUCGACAGAACUAGUAAACCAGCCAUACCGGAACGACCUGCUGGAUUAGUUCGACCUUCAAGUCUUAUCAGACAACAUCCGCGUCACAGUAAUGAAAACUUAGAUACCGAAGCAGGGCCUUUAACUUUGGAAAGAGCUCAUGUAUAUUCGGUGGACAAACAACAGGUCAGUAUAAUACAAGUGCGUGGGAAUGGCAAUGUGUUCUGCUCAUCGGGCGACAACAAUGGCAACACAGCUUCGAACUUGCAGAGAAGCCCCAGUGUAGGUAGUCGACCUUCAUCUAUGUCCUUGUACGGUGAACGGCCAGAAAAGCCGGCAAAACUAAAUGCUCCAGAACAAACAAAAGCUCACGUGCGAACCAGAUCGGAAGGAAAUAUUAUCGAUGUUCAAACACAGACUGAAACAGUAGUAGUUAAAUCACCACAACAACCCGUUCCGGCUUCUCCAAGGUUUCAUCAGAGACCUCCAAGGCCACAACCACCACCACCACCUCCGCCUACUACGCGAGUUAAAUCGGAACAUGAAAGUACCAAUCUUUGAGAUCAACUGUAUAAAAUGUGAUUAUUACAUUCAUAAGUGAACUUUUAAAGAAUCACGAAUAUUUUUUAAAACGAAGGCACUAUUUCUUACAAGAUAAUUUGGCAUUGCGGAAAAUGACUACAAAGAACUUCUAACUGAGCAAUGUAAGUUUUGUAGAUUUUCUCAGUUCAAUAUACGUUCAAGUAUCAAUGUUUUGAUAUUUAGAGAAUUGCAUUCAAAUUGAUAUCGUAAUUAUACAAAAUAACUUAGUAAUUUUUUGUUUUUGUUUACUAUGGUACGUAUAGGAAAUAAUUAAAAAUACAAUGUUAAAUUAUUUAGUAAUCUCGAGCGACGAAGCUUUAGUAUUAAUCGUUGUUUAUAAUAAAACAACGGUCGAAACGUUGCUUCUAUGACAAAUAAUAGAGGUUCUGAUGCUUGAAAUUAUCAAAUAAUUUACAGCGUAAUUACAGCAUAUAUAAAGUUUUUAAUUCAUCUUCAAAGAUUUUAUAAAAAGUAUUUUACGUUUCCAAUACACUAGUAACAAACAGCAAAAACAACAAAUGGAUUUAAAGUGUUAAUAUUAAACAUUUGUAAGCAUUUGUAAUCUAUACCAAUAUUAUAAAAAAGAAAGAUAGUUUAUAUGUAGCGAGUAAUUUCUGGAACUACUGAACCGAUUCUUAAAAUGUUUUCUACGAUAUCCCUGAGUAACAUAGGCUAUAUUUUAUUUUGAUAAAAAUAAAUGUUCAAUUACAAAUCGCAAUAUUUGUAAAAGUUGUGGCAACACGAAGUAUCAAUUGAAACAUCUUGGCUACGGAAAACGAAAUAGACUCAACUACCAAUUCAUGGACGAACACGUGGAUGAACAAUCAAUUGAACAAGAAUGAUAAAAUAAAGGUCCUUUUAGACAGUCACAUCUGUUCUCAGUUCAGUUUCAGUUUCAAUGGAACUGUCAGUUUUUCCUAUGCGUAAAAGAAAGAAAAACUGAAACGGAGAUGAAACGAUAAUGAAAACUGAAACUGAACUGAGAACAGAUAUGACCGUCUAGAAGGACCUUAACAAUAUUUUCAAUAGAACUUUCUUCAUUAUAACUCAAUUUAAAAAUAAUCCAUAUUACACUUAUAAUUACGGCAUAAACAUAAAUUAAAAAAAUGAGUAAAUUAUACUUUUCUUUGAAACUUUAUUACAUCUAUGCUUUAAAUGAACUCUAUAAUAUUGAUACUGAUAUUUAUUUAAUUUUUUAAAACAUCUUCAUCCUACACAACCAAUCAUCGUGACUAUAGAAUUCGGUAUUCGAUUACUCAACAUUAUCGAAUGCAGACACAUAAAUGCUAUGAAACAACAUAAUUUCAACCAGCAUCGACACACGUGACAAACCUUUCUUUUAGCCUUUAACAGUUAUUAAACUUAAAUUUCAUUACACGUGUUAUUAUGUCCAUUUGUAUUGUUAAAAUCCGUUUUAUUGCUUAAAUAUGAUAUAUUUAACUGUAAAAUAUAACACUAUGGUUAGGUCCUCAUGAAUUAUAUUUCUGUAAAAAAUUUAAAUUUUUAGGCGUGUGAAUUGCCGAACAUCCCUUGCGAGUCGUACGCGAACGACAUAGAAUAAGAAUAGUAUUUCACACGGGUGAAACAGUGGGGCGCAGUUAGUUGUAUAUUAAAAAUAACUUAAGAAGUUAUGCCUAAGUUUCAUAUUUAACUCUGAUAUUUUUGCAACUUACCAAUUUUUAUACCUGUUACAAUAAUGAUUAAAAAAGUAUUAUAAAAAU